GCAGCAAGAGCCAGAGACCUGGGUGUAACCGGUGUUCUACACUCUACAGUGAUAUUAGUAAAUUGCAAAACCAGCGUGGACAUUGAUUAUCCCGGGCCCGGAGAUAGCAACUCGGCGACCAAGGACCCGAAAAGGGGCCCAGCGGCCCUCGUCAGUGAUUGAUUAAGUGCCGAUGUGGCAGUGUCUCCAACUCUCUCGGUCUGUUGUUUCGUCCUUCGCGUCUUGUCGUUUCGUCCUUCGCGUCUUGUCUUGUGUCGCGAAGACCCUUGAGGCUCACAGAAUCAUCAAUAUCUCGGAUGGCUCGGGGCUUACGCACAUAUAUUGGGUCGAUUGGUCGUCUAUUUCUGCGGAACUGAGCAGGCCUAAGGGUAGACAUAUCUAUUUUAAGUUUGAAAAGAUAAUUAUUAGACUAACUGUUGCAAACUCCGAAAUACCUAUCUACUAUUAUUCCACGCCAGCAAAUCCCAAUUGACCUUUGGGUCUGCCCCGCAAUUGAAUUGACCUGUCAAAAGUCCUUCAUUCCCUCCCUUGCACGCCGCU